AUGAACACACCUGAACCUACUAUUCAGAAUAUUUUGGACUCAAGUACUUUGCGUUGGAUCUUUGUCGGAGGUAAAGGUGGAGUUGGAAAAACGACAUGCAGUUGCAGCAUUGCUGUUCAAAUGGCCAAAGUACGUGAGCGUGUUCUCAUUUUGAGCACGGAUCCUGCUCAUAACCUUUCGGAUGCGUUUGACCAAAAGUUUUCAAAAAAUCCUACUAAAGUUAAGGGUUUUAAUAAUCUUUUUGCUAUGGAAAUUGACCCAAAUGUGAACUUAGGAGAGUUCGAAGAGGAUCUAGUUGGUUCUGAAGAAGCAGCAGUUUCCGCUGAUAUACGUAAAACCAUAGGUCACUUGAUGACUUCUUUCCCUGGGGUGGAUGAGUAUAUGUCUUAUACAGAGGUGUUUCGGUUGGUCCGUAAUAUGGAUUAUUCAGUCGUCAUUUUUGAUACUGCUCCUACUGGCCACACACUACGAUUGUUAGCGUUUCCAGAGGCUAUGGAGAAAAGCCUUAGCAAAGUAGUCUCAAUGAAAAAUCAGUUCGCUCCAAUUUUAAACCAGUUAAUGGGCUUAGUCGGAAUGAACAGUACACAAGGUGGUGAUUUAACAAAUGCAAUAGAAACACGUUUACCUAUCGUUAAAGAAAUAACAAAGCAGUUCAAAGAUUCCACUCAGACUACAUUUGUAUGUGUUUGCAUACCCGAAUUUUUAAGCAUGUACGAAACGGAACGCUUAGUUCAAGAACUCACUGCACACGAUAUUGAUGUCCACAAUGUCAUUGUGAAUCAACUGUUGUUUCCAAAUUUAUUAUCAUCAUGUGAUGCCUCGUCUAAGGAUCAUUCGAAUGAACCUCCAUCUAACUGUCGAAUGUGCUUAGCACGUCAUCGGAUACAAUCGAAAUAUCUGGAACAAAUUUUAGAACUAUAUGAAGACAUGCAUGUCAUACAAUUACCUCAAUUAGAAAAUGAGGUAAGAGGAAUAAAGUCUGUUCAAGAAUUCUCCGAACUUCUUUUAAACCCUUACCGUAGGAAAUAA